AUGGCGGUCCCCCACCACCUCAAUUCCGGCCCCCUCCAGGCCCCCCCGCCCCCGCUCCCUCAAGGCUGGAUUCAGGAAUGGGAGCCCAGCACCCGCCGCGCUUUCUUCGUUGAUACCAACAGUGGCCGCUCGCAGUGGGAGCCUCCCUACGGCCCUCCCGCCGGCGGCGGUUACUACGCGCCUCCUCCCGGUCCCCCCGGUUACGGCGGUGGCUACCAGCAAACUGUUGUAGUUGAAGAGCAGCGCAAUGACAGCGGUGGCGGCAGUAGCGCUGGCAAGAUGAUGGCUGCAGGCGUCGGUGGUCUGGCCGUCGGCGCUCUUGCUGGUGGUUUCAUCGAGCACGAGAUUGACGAGAAUAACGAGGAGGACGAGCGUGAGGCUUACGAGGAUGGCCGCGAGGACCAGUACGAGGAUGAUGGCGGCUGGUAA